CACAAAGCGCGUGACAGGGACGCGCGUUCCCAUCGCUGCACGACCACGCGCAAAAGGGCGCGCCCGAGUGUUGUAUCAAGAGCGCGAGAGCAAAGGACUGCAUCACAGCUCAUUCAAUUCCCAUCCAGACGCCGACUAGCGAAGAGACACAGCCAUGGCCUCCGGAGUUACAGUGGAUGAGAAUGUGCUGACGAUCUUCAACGAAAUGAAGGUCCGCAAGGCUAAUGUCAACGAGGAAGAGAAGAGCAAGAGAAAGAAGGCUGUUCUGUUCUGCCUGAGUGAUGACAAGAAGCGUAUCAUCAUAGAGGAGGGCAAUGAGAUCCUGCAGGGAGAUGAAGGAGAUCCCUACCUUAAGUUUGUCAAGAUUCUUCCUCCUAACGACUGUCGCUAUGUUCUCUAUGAUGCCACGUAUGAGACUAAAGAGACUAAGAAAGAGGACCUGGUUUUCAUUUUCUGGGCCCCAGAAAGUGCCCCACUCAAAAGCAAGAUGAUCUAUGCCAGCUCCAAGGAUGCCAUCAAGAAGAAGUUCACAGGUAUCAAGCAUGAGUGGCAAGUGAACGGUUUAGAGGAUAUCAAGGACCGAAAGACCCUUGCUGAGAAGCUCGGGGGAGCGUCAGUGGUGACUCUCGAGGGCAAGCCUCUGUGCGAUUGAGGCUGACGCAUUUCAGGGGUUAGCUGUUCUUUCCGACAUGGUGGGGGGGCAGAUGGGCUGUUUGUGGACCACGGGGUGGGUUAAUGUGGGUGGGGCAAAAGUGACAGUUUCCAAACACACAUGACGAAAGAUGUAGGCUGUCAUUCCAAUUCACACAAUGAACAAAAACAAAAGAGAAAAAAAAAAAAUCUUAAAAAAAAAAAAAAAAACAAGGAUGAUGAUUAUAAAAACAAAGUAAUAUAACUGUAAAUGUGUACUGGCAGGUUUUCGUUCUUUCUGGGUUCCAUUAGAUUGUUGAAAGGAAAGAGUGAGACAGCAGCCAUUACAAAUCAGCUGUACAACAUACUGUUAGUUCUUAAGAUUAAAGUUUUUUUGUUUUUGUUUUUUAUGCCGCCAAAUGUCUACUUGAGUUUUUCUAAGUGUGUGUGUGUUGUUGAAUUUACUCCAAAAUCUCACAACGUUAUCGGACCAUUCUGAGAACACAAUUUACUCUCCCCUUCCCUGUUUUGUUUUGUUUUAUUUUGAGCUCACAGGUUGUUUUAAUGAUUCAGUAAUUCCAUAUGAUUUAAAUAUUCCUAAAUGUAAUUCAAAACUAUGGCGCUGGUGUCAAGAAAUUGUACACAUUCCUUCUACCUGUAAAGUCUGGGACGUAGUGGGUGAGCGGCCUGUUGAUGGACAUGUAUUGAGAUGGAGCGAUAUAUUUGGGCAGCCUGUGUACAAAGCUUUGAUGGAUAUUGGUCAGUGGAUGUUUUGUAUCGUCUCCUUAUCUCUAAUAAAAAAAAAGCACUAAACAA